GCCCGCUUAGUGGUGUUGGCCCGCGUUUCAAGGCCAUGCGGCCGAUGCUGCGGCGCACAACCCGCCCGCGCGCACGUAGCCCUCAACGCCGCUUUGUUCGGGUGUCUGGCUGCAUUCUUUAUAAUACCCAUGGCCCUUGCAAUCCCAUUGCCAUGGUUUUUCCUAGACUAAGUUUUUGCAACGCUUCUUCAGUACGCCAAACACGCCACUUACACGACAUGCUGAGACAUAGGCUACGCUAGUACUCCCGUAUAAGCCAAGCCCUGUUGCGGCUGUCUAACACGAACCCAACUAUAAAAGCUACUACCGAGGCGCUCACUGCUACUCCAAAUUCAACUACCCAGCACAUACAUAUCCUUCAACAUGGGCAAACUCUGGAAAGGAAAGAAUGGGCAGGAGGGCUCGAGCAUGCAGCGCUCCAAGUCUAUCCGUGGCCAAAUCUCCGCCCCGGUUCCCAUCGCCAAAGCUCCCGUCGAGCCUCCCAUUUACGAAGAUCCGGGAAUGCAUUUCCAUUCGCAGGACUCCGGCUACCACUCCAAUGCCUCUAUCCCCCGCUUCCAGGAGCACCUUGUCGACAAUACCAACGACCAUUGGCAGAGUGUUUCUCGCCAAUAUUCUCACGAGCUUCCUGCUGUAGAGGUCAACGAGGCCGAGCAGUUCAUCGCUGCUCACAACAACAGGACCAAGAGAGAUUCUUCCAUGGGAUUCUCGAGCAAGAACAUCCCCCAACGCAAAAAGUCGACGAUUCGAGGAGCUUUUGGUAAACUAUUCGGAGGCAAGAAGCGCGAGACUAAUCUUGAGGCCCUCUACGAGGACAGUGACCGCAACUAUGUGACCAGCCCUUCCAGGAACCGGUAUUACGAGUCCAACGAGGCGAGCCAGCCCCGGACCUUGAACCACUCUGCGUCUGCUCACUUUGCGUACCAGAACUACACAGAGACCCAGUCCCAGCACAUCAUUGCAGAGCUUCAGGCUGCUGAGAGGCCCAAGACCGCUAACACUGACAUUCUUCCUCGUCUCUCCUCGCGCUUCUCAGUCCGUAGCCCCCAUGCACACGCCUUGAGAGAGGCCACAGUCGAGCCAGAGCCAGAGCUUCCCGUGCCUCUAUCACCUGUCAGAUCCGAGUCAGAAGCCUCUUUCUAUGAUACCAUUGAUGAGCCAGAGGAUAUUGGCAUGGCCAUUUCCAACGACUUCCAUACUUUGAAGAGAAGAUCUCGCAGCCUCUCUGUUUUGCCAAACCUUAGCUCUGCUCAGACCGAGUCCAGACGCCGAAGUGAAGAUACCAUUGCUCGCCGCGACCAUCUUGGCAUCGACCAAGAACUCAAGUCUCCCAUGUCCGGCACAUACCCUACCGAGGAGGAGCUCAAGGCAUUUAGCCUCGAACUGCCAGAGACCAAGCCCACCCCAGCGCCUGUUGAAGCAGUGGCUCCCGAACCAAUCUCCAAAGAUGUGACCUCUGACGAGUCCCUUGUCGAUGAACUGCCUCUUGAAGACGAACCAGUCUACGCCGAGGUUGUCGAAGCACCCAUCCCAACAGAGACGGAAACCGUUGAACCCUCGUCCACCGAAGCUGAGCCUGCCGAUGAGACACCUGCGGCUGCUGACAAGCCUGCUGUCACCGCCGAACUUGAAGCCAUCCAGGCACCCAGCCUGAGCGAACGCGUCCUCACCAUGGAAGACCGUCUCAGCAGACUCGAAAUCGCUGUCAUCCCCGACAGCGAAGACUCCUCUCUUCGCUCCCGCACACCCCCUGGUCUCACAGUUGACCACAUCAACUCCCUCCUUGAUCUUCUCGAGACUGAGCGCGCCGCCAGAAUCGACCUCGAGACACAAGUCUCUUACCUAGCCCACCAAGUUACCUAUCUCCUGACAAGCGGUACCCCUGCCCCCGGCAUGGCAUACGUCCCUGUCCCCAGCGAGCCAUCUCCUGGUCACACGUCGGCGUUUGACGACGAUGACGAUGACGACGAUGGCAUGGACAGCGACGAGAUGGAAGAAUAUCUCCUCCCGUACUCCCCUCCACCAAGAAGCGGGCUGGCUCCUGUCACAAACGUCUUUGGGAAGGAGGACGAUGCUGCAUCGGAGGUCUACGUCGCUACUCACGACGGGCCUGAGCGCUACAUUGUCUACGACGAGCAUGAACCUCACGCUGUAAGUGAAGCGAGGGUCGUGUCGUUUUCACAUGUCAGCAUGAACGGCAUACCUGCCAUGAUCUAAAGAUAUAGACGGGUAGGCGGUACUGGGUAUUUAUGGGUUAUGAGGUCAUUCUUUUUGUAUAUUCACACAUUUAUUUCCUUUGUCAUUUGAUUUCCUAUGUUAGCGAGCUGCGCUGGAUACCAUAUGGUUGUUUAUUCAAAAAUACAAUUGCGCCUGUUAUAUAUGUGCCGUUAUCUGUUUUUACACCAAUUCCCACCAAUGCUAUUUAAACCUCCCCAUGUGAAAAAAUGAAUAUGAAAUCCCUAGUUAAACAGUACAUGAUUGUAUGAAUUGAUGCCACAUUCCCAAGAUGUGUUUACUUGUUUAUUGGUUUCGCCUGUCUUUGAUGCCCCAGCUACCGACGAGAGCCAUAGACUUCUCGUCACCUGCAGCGAGGCGGUCAUCCUCAAGAGUAUCAGCAAGACAUUGCCACGGGUCACGUCCACCACCCCACUUUAGCAGGUUCUCUUUGAGGCGUUCGCCAUUCUUUCGCGAAAUAGCCUGGCCGUCCUCGCCGGCCUUGAAGACGACGCGCCACACGCGCUCAGCAAGCACACGAUCAAACAGAUAACUGUAGUAAGUGCUGCCAUAGCUGUGGAGGUGGCCAAAGAAGCCCUGCCAGCAUGUCUCUGGAGGAUCGAGCGGGCCGUGGGCGUAGCGCUGGUGGAUCUGGUGGAAGAUUUCUGUCGAAUUGAAAGAAGCAUCAGCGGCAACAGGGGCGUGAUACGCUUGGUCAACCAUGGCGAGCAAGAUCUGGUGCUCCGUGUCAAUGCCUUCAAAGCGUUUGGAUACCUUGAUGCGUUCCUCGACCAAGUCGUAGGGGAGCGGUCGAUCCGUCUUCCAGUGACGCGCAAAGAGCGAUAGAACACUCUGGUCGGCGGCAAAGUGUUCCAUCAGAGUGGAAGGAAGCUCCGCGAAAUCCGUGGCGCAGCGCGUGCCCGACACAUUCUGAAAGUUUGUGCGUGCGAGGAUAGAGUGGAUGGCGUGGCCCAUUUCGUGGAAGAGCGUCUCGACAGAGUAGUACGACAAGAAAGCUGGUUCACGCGAGUUAUCAUUCUUAGGGAAAUCGCAGACAAGCGCAAUAGUCGGCAGCUGUUUGAGCACACCGUCCUGGCGACCAAGUUCCAUACCGUCAUUGGCUGCUUCCUCGGGAGUGUCAAAGGUAGGCAUGCCCUCGCCGUACAUAUCCUGGACUGACUCUUCUACUUCAUCCGGUAGGAUCUCACGGGAGCAUCUGACGGUGAAAUGGGCAGGGUUGGGAGACUUUUGCUCGCGGAAGAAGAGAUCACAGUAUAGUACUGCAACCUGUUCACCAUUGUCUGAAAUGACAUCGAGGCGCUUCACAUCAUCAUGCCAGACCUCUCCUGGCAACGUUUCGCGGGGAACAAACCGGAUGCCAUAGAGCCUGUCAAACAAACGGGACAGGCCUUGCAUCACAGUGCCGACUGAAAAGAAUGCUGUGAGCUGAUCCUCGUGACGGGUACGUGAGCGCAUUCCGGUUCGGAUCUUUUCCAUGUAGAAGUCGCGGUCCCAGGGGAAGAGCUCAGCGUUGGGCAUAGCCAAGCGUUCGCUCUUGCGUGCUGCAAGCUCCUGGAGUUCUCGUUGGAUGGUGGGGGUAUUAUGCUCCCUCAGUGCCAGCAGAAACUGCAUUACUGAGGCCGGAGAUGUGGCCAUCAUACGGUCCUUCAGGGCCAUGUGCGCGUGGCUUUCGAAGCCAGCCAGUUCAGCAAGCUCGGAGCGCAACUUGAGCAUGAUUUCGAGGUAUUUAAUCGUUCUGGGUGAGGCUUUUCUUUGCGCCAGGUAAAUCUCCUUGCGCGUUUCUUCGUCGUAGACGCUCUGAAGGGCCGCUGCAGCUUCGGAGCCCAUUAUCGGAAUCGAAAUUUGGGAUCGAGUUUUCAGGGAAGAUGCCAAACUGGGAUAGAGACCGUAGAAUCUGUGAGACGGCAAAGUGACCUUCUUCUUCUCGGGCUCCAUGCGUUGGACGAAAGCAGAUCCAACAUCGCUAAUGUUGGAUGACAGCUCGACAAACUUGUCUCUAGCUCUCUUGGGAAGAUUGACAGCCGACUUCAUAAAGUCAAGCUUUAGAAGUUCAGCCACGCUCUUCUCUUCCUCGGUCCAGGCCUGGGUGACGGUCUGUCUCGAUAGUGCCUCAUUGAGCUGAUCGCUCAACCCGGUCAUUGUGUUGAGCUGGUUCAUGUACUGGUAGACCAUGGACCAAGCAUCGGUAGCAGCUUGUUGGAAUCGAAGAUCGGGGUGUGUCAUGCGGACAAAGUCGGACAGGUCGAGCACGCGACAGAGCAAAUCGCUAAGUCGAUCGAGAUCGCGGACGAGGCGUCGGUAUUCCUCGACUGUAGAUGCUGCUAAAACGCGCUUAACGAUUUUGGUAGCCUUUUCCAGGUUCUUCUGGGCAAAGAGGAGGAAGCCAUCUGGAUUGGUGAGGUAGCGGUUCUUGAAGAGGCCCUGGUUCUUCUGAAAUGUAAUCUGGGGAAAGGAGAAACCCGAUGGCGCAUCGAAGAGAUCGCGCAGGACCGCAUCGUCAUGCUUGUUGCUAGCAGCGUCGAUAGAGGGUAGGGGAUUCGUAUCAAAGACUGCUCGGGCAGAUGCAGCAGUAGUCGAUUCGCAUCGUCGCUGCAAAGGCCGGGCACUGCUGCUGUGGACGCAUCGCGCGCAGACCCAGAGGCGGCUCCGCGACGAGGCCAGCAUGGUGACGAGACCUGGGUUGUGUUUUUUUUGGAUGAGCAGCUAGAAAUCGAGCUUAAGGAAGGUAGAGAGGGAAGUAUGUAUCGAAUUGCAUGCCAUUGAAAUCGAGCAAAGCAUAAAUCGUGCAGAAAUGUCAAAGGUUGAUGGUGGAAAGGUAAAGAAGGAGGAGGGAGGCAAAG